AGUAUUCUAACUAACGUGCUUUGUGUAUUCCGACAGUUUUAUGAGACUUCAUUUUUUUGCGUCUAUUCAGACAGUUUUUCAAGUAGUCUAGUUUCUAAUUCACUUGUCUCAUUGGUUGUUUCUCUCAUAUCAAAGUUCGUGUUGCAAUUCAUCAAUGUCAACACUUUUGCUCAUAUAAAUUCGCAUUUACUGAUUUUCAAAUAUGCUGAUAUUUUUAAAUCGAUUGCACAUUUAUUCCACGAUUUCUGCAGUUAAUACAAUCUCGACAAUGACAAAUUCAUCGAACGAGGUCAAAAAUGAAAACCAAACAAUCCCCCCAUUCGCUCCAACGGAUGAACCGCCUUCAGCUCAAGAUUUAGCAAAUUCACAAAGUAACACAGAUGCAUGUUCCCCACUGUUAUCACAUAUAACCGAAUUAACCAAGUCUAUUUCCAGCCAGUUUCCUGUUGAACGAAGAACCAGGGAGUUAAUUUGGAAGACUUUAAUCAUAGUAUCAGUACAGAUAACAAUUGUGUGGGGAAUCUGCGCUGUCGUGUUAUCUGUUCCGGAACUUCGUACAUGGAUGACGGAAAGUCCUUGGUUUCCAUGGAUGUGUGGAAUUCUGGGAACAUUUCUGCAGCUGGAGAUGCUUUUAAUACCGCAGUUACAGUUCGCCUUCCCAUUCAAUUACAUCUACUUGAUAAUUGCUACAAUAAUCGUUGCCUUUGCUGCAGCUGUUCCACUCAUCAACUUACAAUUCUGGUGGACAUUAGUCACAUGGACAAUUACUGUGAUUAUUGCGGGAAUUGUAGUAGCUGUCAGUGUCGUCAACAGAUUCGAUGUGCUCAGGAACUUUGGGGAGUUUAUACUCGUCACUUUCAUUGUGGAAUUAGCCUUUGUUAUAAUAUUCUUCCCUUUCAUAUUCUGGCGAGAAUUUGAUAUACUCAUAAUAGUGUGUGGAUUCGCCAUGAUGUGGACAGUUAUUUCGGUAUGUUUAUCAGUCGAUCAUUUGAAAUAGAGAAUAGUAUUUUUUUCAUAUGGAGCCGACUGUUGUCAGUUUAAGGACUCGAAAAUGUACUGA